GCCUCCGGAGCGGCCGAGGAGGGACGGGGCUGCGGGGGCCGCGCUCCGCGGGGCCGUCCGGGGGUGUCCGGAGGGAAAAGCCCUUUGGAAAACGAGGCAGCACCAGGAGUCCUGCAUGGGGGAAGGCCCCAGUGCCAUGCUGGAGAGCCCUGGGCAGUGUGUCAGAGCAGAGCACGAUGCCUUUCCUGCACGGCUUCCGCAGGAUCAUCUUUGAGUAUCAACCCCUGGUAGAUGAGAUCCUGGGGCUGCUGGUGACAGCAGGUGUGGAGCAGCAGAGCACCUGUGGGAGCCCUGCCUGUCUAGGCAGUGACAGGAGCCAGCUCUUGGCUGUCAGACGAGUCUUGGAGAGGGAGACCCACUCCCCGUUCUAUCAGGAAGGUGUGAGCUAUGCCCUGCUGAAGGUUGCUGAGCUGGGGCUUGUUCCUGCUGCAGAAACCCUCCUGGAGUUUGGAGCUGACCUCAGCUUUGAAGACCCAGUCACCUACUACACCCCCUUGCACAUGGCAGUGCUGCGCAACCAGCCGGGCAUGGUGGAGUUCCUGGUGCACCGCGGGGCCGACGUCAACCGCAGAGACCGGAUCCAUGAGAGCAGCCCCCUGGACCUGGCCAGCGAGGAGCCUGAGCGGCUGCCAUGUCUCCAGAGGCUGCUCCAGCUGGGGGCUGAUGUCAACGCAGCUGACAAGAAUGGUAAGACAGCCCUGUUGCAUGCCCUGGCCAGCAGUGACGGCGUCCAGAUCCACAACACCGAGAGCAUCCGUCUCCUGCUGGAGGGAGGUGCAGAUGUCAGAGCCACCACCGAAGAUGGUGACACUGUCUUCACCUAUGUCAUCUUCCUGCUGGGAGAGAUGGUGUGCAACAACACUGAGGAGGUGCAGGCUAUCAGUCACUUCUGCUUUCGUGUCACACAGCUGCUGGUGGCCCAUGGUGCCAACCCCAGUGAGUGCCCAGCCCCUGAGUCCCUCACCCACCUCUGCUUCCAAAGCUUCAAAUACCACUUUCCGCUGCUGCGUUUCUUGCUGGAGUCGGGUGCUGCCUACAACUGCUCCCUCCACGGCCCCUCCUGCUGGUCAGGCUUCCACAUUGUCUUUGAGUGCCUCUGCUCGGAUCUCAGCAUCUCUGAAGAUGACAGCUUCUCUACAGACCUCAUCCAGAAGGGUCAGACUCUGCUGGAACUCAUGAUGGCCAGUUCACAAGCCAUCCAGCUGCCCAGCAACUUUGAGGUCAACACCAGCAUCUGUAAGUACCACGGGGAGAAGAUCAGGACUCUCUUCUGCUCUCUGAAGCAGCUGGAGCGCUCCCCACAGGCACUGAAACAUCUCUGCAGGGUGUUUAUCCGGCAGCACCUCAAACCAUGGCCAGUAGAUGUCAAAAUCAAGGCUCUACCUCUUCCAGACAGGCUGAAGUGGUACCUCCUCAUUGACCACGCUGCUGCCACGCACGAUGACCUCUGAGUUACAGCUCUGUGUGUCCCCUCCACGGUCAUGGUGUGCCUGCAGCCACCACAUCUCUCUGCUCUGGGACAGUUUUCCCCACAGCAAGAGGUCUUGCUGUCCUCCUGCCCAUGGCUUGGCCACUGCUGCCCACGGUGUCUCUGGGCUGUGAUUUUUUUUUUUUGGGGGGGGCACAAUGCUGUGUGUGUGUGUGGAGGCCUCGUUGCUCUGGGGCACAUUGUGGGGAGGUGGGUAGAGCCCUGGGGGGUGAAGCGAGCCCUGGGGCUGGACACUGGGGUAGAAGGCUGGUUUGUGUGGAUUUUAAGAAAAGGCCUGGUGGGCAGGACCUGUGGGACAGGCUCCCUCUCCACUCCGUUUAAAGCCCACCUGGGCCCAUGGAGGUUGAAGCCGUGCCUUAGGUGAGUGGUGGAACUGUGAGGUGUCCUGGGGUGCUGGCAGAAGGUGUUCCCAAGCCAGGAGAGUGGUGGCAUUCAUGUCCUGGUUUCCUGUUGGUGGGAGCAGCCAUGGUAGGCAGGCCCAGCAUCUCCAUGUGGAUGUGGUUGCCUUCCUUGCUCAUCCAGGCUUUUGAAACCAGGGGUGUAGUGGGGGUGAGGGGAGGUGGUGCUGGAAGCCAUGACUGGCUGCUCCCCACCCUCUUGAGUUCCCAUGGGAAGCAUCCCAUCCUCCUGGCACAGAAGAGCAUCCACCAAGGACACCUGAGAAGUGCUGGACUCCAAAACAGACAGAUGGAUGUUUUUUGUCUUUGUGGUGCAUAUUCCCUGCACAAGGCUGAGGAACAGGCAGCUAACUGCUGGGUGCCUUGUGCCUCCCUCCCCGUUCCCUGGCUCUCCCUCCCUGACUGUUCCAGCAACAUGGUCUCCAGUUCCUCCUUCCCAGGAACGAGAAGUCAAAGCAGAACUUGGGGUUUUCUUUCCAGGCUGCUACUGGAAGCUCCAAACUCUGGGACUGCAUGUGGAGGUCCCGUGGCCCAGCCUUGCCACAGCUGCCUGCCCCCCACUUGUAGGCAUCUUGUUUUUUGUGAUGUGCCAAAGACUGGUUGCAGAGCUGAGCUCCCUCCCCCCAUUUUUUUUUGUUGUUUGGGGUCUUUUUUUGUAAUGGGGGACAGAUGCAGAUGAGAAUGAAAAGAGGAAAAAUCUACUCUGAGCAGGUAACAGUAACAGGUGGAUCUGGGAUCCCCCUGGCAGUUUCGCUGCAGAAGGGUUGUAUCCCCUCCCCUUGCCCUCCUGGCACCAUCUGUGUUGUACCUUCUCCCACCCUGUGGAGCUGGAGCUGUGGGUCUUGCUGAAUUGAUGUUUAAAAGUAAUAAUGUGAUCAAACACUUCCCUGGUGUCUGGAAUGAGAAACAAGCAAUUAAAUGAGGCCUUUUGUAA